CUCGGCGCAUCCCCUCUACUGGACGAAGUGCGACCAUUUUGCAGGGGGGGAGAGGCGAGUGGUGGCGAUUGACGGCGCACAGGAGCCAGAUCUGGGGUGCGGAGCAGCGGCCUGAGUCGCUGGACCCGGGGACUGACGGCCCCCGGGAGGGCGAGCGAGAACGGCGACGACCGGGCUCGGUUAUUUCGUUUCCUUAGGCACCCGUGCCCGCCUCAGGGCCUCCGUUUAACCCGCCAAGAUGUCUAGGCCCGUCAGGAACAGAAAAGUGGUGGACUACUCACAGUUUCAGGAGUCAGAUGAUGCAGAUGAAGAAUAUGGCAGAGAUUCAGCCCCUCCAGCCAAGAAAAUUCGUUCAUCACCAAGGGAAGCAAAAAAUAAGAGGCGGUCUGGAAAGAAUUCUCAGGAGGAUAGUGAAGACUCAGAAAAAGAUAUGAAGACAAAGAGAGAUGAUUCUCACUCAGCAGAUGAAGAUUUUGGCAGUGAGGAUGACUUAGGAGCAGAUGAUGGCAAAGCUGAUAGUGACUAUGAGAGUUCUCAAAAGAACAAAAAAGGAAAAAAAGUGAAACCUGACAAGAACAAAAGAGCAACUUCCAAAUCCAGGAAAAGGGCUGCAGAGGACAGUGAGGAUGAGAAAGAAGAUCCGAAAAAUGUGCGCCAGCAGCGACAGGCAGCAUCUAAAGCUGCUUCCAAGCAGCGAGAAAUGCUCAUGGAUGAUGUGGGCAGUGAGGAGGAAGAUCAGGAAGAGGAGGAGGCAUCGUUUCAGGAAAAAGAGUCUGGCAGCGAUGAAGACUUCCUUGCGGAAGAUGAUGAUGAUAGUGACUAUGGCAGUUCAAAAAAGAAGAACAAAAAAGUGGCUAAGAAAUCCAAACCAGAAAGGAAAGAAAAGAAAAUGCCUAAACCAAGGCUAAAGGCUACAGUUACACCUAGUCCAGUGAAGGGCAAAGGGAAGGGAGGCCGUCCCACAGCUUCAAAGACAUCAAAAGAAAAGACCCCAUCCCCAAAAGAUGAUGAUGAAGAGCCUGAAAGUCCUCCAGUGAAGAAGAAAUCAGUUAGUCCUCCUCCAGACAAAUCUGGGGAUGAAGGGUCUGAAGAUGAAGUCCCCUCUGGUGAAGAUUAAAUGGUGGUGUGGGAGAGAAACUUUUUUUUUUUAGAGAGAGAGAGAAAGAAAGUAAGGAAAAGAGAAUAUACUUAGGGGGUAGAACAUGGUUUUGGUUGUGGCUUGACUCAUGGGCUGUGAAUGCCACCUUUACUUUAGCUGUUUUAAUAGUACAGUACUUUCUUCUUUUUUUUAAGAGAACUUUUACACAAUAAUGAUUUGAUGUCACAGUCUCUACUGGCCAUUCCGUUCUCCCCAACCAAAUUUGAAAGCCAUUUAGAUUUAAAUUAACAGCAUACUAAAGAUAUAUUUUGAAGGCUUACUGCAGUUGUAAAGCAAUAAGGAUGAGGCUGAUACUUGGAAAUCAUAGUUAACUAAUGGUAUAGGUUUUCCAAAGCUGCAGAAAUUCUUCUAAGGCAACUGUUGCUUAAUUGAAUCCAAAACAAAUAUAUUAUUGCACAUUGCAUUCCUUUGACAUAAUUAGUGUAUGAAUUAGUUUGAAAUCCAUCAAGGGUUUUAAGUUCCAAUACUCUGAAUGUUUGGGGUUCCACAGUCUAGUUUUAAUGACCAUUUGGUCUGUUCUAUUUUUCAGUCUUCUGAAAGACCCUACCUGUUCAUGCCGUAGAUACUAUUGCUGCUUAUUGAUAAGGAUAGGAUUCCAGCUGGCAGAACUGCAUUCACUUUUUUCCUGACUCAUUCAUUUUGAAAUGUCCAUCUUUUUAUGCUGCUUUGAAGCUUUGCAUAAAAUGUAAAGCUUUGUUUCAGGGAGAUUUUUGGAAGCUGGAACAACUG